AUGAAUAAGAUUCCAUAUGCAUCUGCAAUAGGAUCUAUCAUGUAUGCCAUGUUAUGUACUCGACCAGAUGUCUCGUAUGCUUUAAGUGCAACGAGUAGGUACCAAUCUGAUCCUGGUGAUGCUCACUGGGUAGCUGUCAAGAAUAUCCUUAAGUAUUUAAGAAGGACUAAGGACUCAUUCUUGAUAUAUGGAGGUCAGGAAGAGUUGGCUGUAAUUGGAUACACCGAUGCUAGCUUCCAGACAGAUAAGGAUGACUUUAGAUCGCAAUCUGGUUAUGUGUUUUGCUUAAACGGUGGCGCUGUGAGCUGGAAAAGUUCAAAGCAAGAUACAGUUGCUGAUUCUACAACCGAGGCCGAGUAUAUUGCUGCCUCAAGUGCAGCGAAGGAAGCUGUUUGGAUCAAAAAGUUCAUUAGUGAACUUGGCAUAGUCCCUAGCAUUGUGGAUCCCAUUGAUCUCUACUGUGAUAACAAUGGUGCUAUCGCACAAGCCAAGGAGCCUAGAUCUCACCAACGAUCCAAACACAUACUUAGGCGUUAUCAUCUCAUUCGAGAGAUAAUAGAUAGAGGAGAUGUGAAAAUAUGCAGAGUACCUACACUUGACAAUAUUGCUGACCCACUGACAAAGCCUCUUGCGCAGCAGAAGCAUGAUGGC